AUGUCUUCGACUUUAGGGGCUUCAAAGACGCCUACUCCGGCCAAUCUUUCUGAGUUCCUUCGUGUUGCAACUAACAUCGUCGGAAACGAAAAUGUUUCACGAGAUCCAUCGUGGGGUGCUCCCGAAGGCCUCCGCGGCUCUCGCAGCUACGGCGAUCCAUUCCCUUUGAGCCGGCCUCACGAAGCUUCUGCCGCGGUGAGACCGGCGACUGUCGACGAGGUCCGGCAGGUCGUCAAGGCUGCGAACGAAACCAAAACGCCCCUUUGGACAGUGUCACGCGGCAAGAAUCUGGGAUAUGGUGGCUCUGCACCAGUCGUGUCCGGCUCGGUUAUCCUCGAUCUGCACCGCAUGGAUACCAUCAUCGAGAUCAACGAGGAGUGCGCCUACGCCAUCGUCGAGCCGGGCGUCACGUUCAUGGACCUCUAUAACGAGAUCAAGAGACGCAAACUGAAUCUGUGGAUGUCUGUCCCGGCACUGGGCUGGGGCUCGGUCGUUGGAAAUACGCUGGAACGAGGCUUCGGGUACACGCCUGACGCGGUGCACUACAAGCAACAGUGUGGCAUGGAGGUGGUCCUCGCCAAUGGCGACUUGCUGAGGACUGGUAUGGGUGCCAUGAAAGGGAACAAGACGUGGCCGUUAUACUCGGGUGGCUUAGGACCGGGGCUAGAUGGCAUCGUCACUAAGAUGGGCAUUCACAUGUCCCCCGCGCCCGAAGCGUACACCCGGAUCGUCGUCGACUGCCCGGAAGACGAAGACCUCGUACCUCUGACAGGUGCUCUCACCGAGCUGAUGCGUCGACGCGUGAUCACGAACCCACCUCAACUCUUCAACACCAUGACUCUCAUUACCGGGAUGAUACAUACCAACAAGGAACUAGCCGAAGCCCUAGGGAGCUUCUCGAACUUGGCCCACCGCAUCCCGAACAACAUCGUCGUCGACGUCGCCAAACGCUUCAACCUCCCCGCCUGGCGCGCCGCCUUCGCGCUCUACGCACCCCCCGAGGCGCACGCGGGGCUGAUCUCAGCCACCAAGCGCCGCUUCAAAACCGUGAAGAACGCCUCACUAACCACAGAAACAUUCACCGCCGCGCCCGGCACGUACCUCCGCGGCGAGGACGUGACCCCCGACUUCCUCCCCCAGAACGGCGUGCCCUCCCUCGACGGCGUCCAGCUCAUGGAAUCCCACGACGGGGGCGCGGGUCUGUGGCACAACUCGUACUCGCCCGUGAUCCCGCCCUCCGGCCGCGAGCUGUACGCGUGGUACCGCGGCGCCCGGCGGCUGACGGAGGAAGCACACGACCUCAACUUCGUCGCCGACUUCCACGUCUUCGACCGCUACGUCGUCGGCAUCAACCUCGUCCUGUUCCACCCGGAGGCCAGGCACCGCCUGCACCCGCUGCAGACGGCGCUCAUGGCGCACACGAGGGGGCUCGGGUACCUCGAGUACCGCGUCCACAUCAGCUUCAUGGAGACGACGGCGGCGCACCAGGACUUCAACGAGCGGGCUUUCGGACGUUUCACGACGUUGCUGAAGGACGCCGUUGACCCCAACGGCGUGCUGUCGCCCGGGAAGCAGGGGGUUUGGAACUCAUGCGGUGGCCCGAAGCUGUAG